GUGCUGAAAAUAGUUCUGAUACAGAAAGUGCUCCUUCUCCUUCACCAGUUGAAGCUGUCAAGCCUGGCGAAGACAGCACUGAAAAUGCGCCUCCUCGAGGGACUGCUGAGGCUGCGGCUGAGCUGGAGGCUACCCCUGACGCCGUGCCCAGGCCUUCUCCCUCGCCGGCAGCUUCGAGCACAAAAGCAGCCGAGGAUGACAGUGUGGAAGCCCCGGUGAAUGAUAGCAUCACAGUGGACACGGCCGAGCCGAUGGAGGUGGAGCAUGAGGAGCGCGGGGCUGAAGGCACUUCUGCUCUUGACCUCCCCUCGGCCGCCAAGGCCGAUGCUGUGGAUGUUGAAAUGCGGGUGCCAGAAAGCAGUCCAUCCAGAGUCGAAGGGGACCUCAAAGACAGAGACCUGGAGAGGAGCGGCGAGAAGCCAGAGCCUGGAGAGGAUGAUCUGGGGGUGGCCCAGCAGCUGAGCGCCCCGAGGCCUGAGCCCCUGUCUGACCACGAUUCCAGCGCCACUUGCAGUGCAGACGAGGACGUGGAUGGGGAGCCCGAGAGGCAGCGAAUGUUUCCUAUGGAUUCGAAACCUUCGUUGUUAAAUCCCGCUGGGUCUAUACUGGUCUCAUCACCCAUAAAACCAAACCCACUGGACCUGCCUCAGCUUCAACAUCGAGCUGCUGUCAUCCCACCAAUGGUUUCCUGCACCCCAUGUAACAUCCCAAUUGGGACCCCCGUGAGCGGCUAUGCCCUCUACCAGCGGCACAUCAAAGCCAUGCACGAGUCGGCGCUCCUGGAGGAGCAGCGGCAACGGCAGGAGCAGCUGGACCUAGAGUGUCGGAGCUCGACCAGCCCGUGCGGUGCCGCCCGGAGCCCCAGCAGAGACUGGGAAGGAAAAUCAGUCGCCUAUAUGCCCUAUGCUGAGGCCACACGUGCUCUAGAGCAGGAGGCACAGAUACACAGUACCACGGCCAGGUCAGCGUCACCGUGUAGGCUCUCUCCGCAGCCCGGUGUGAGUGCAGCCCGCUCUAGUGGCCCCCCAGUCCUCCAGCCUGCUCCACAUCAGGUGAUAACUAACCUUCCUGAAGGGGUUCGGCUUCCAACAACUCGGCCCACUCGGCCGCCGCCUCCUCUCAUCCCGUCAUCCAAAACCACAGUGGCUUCUGAGAAACCAUCAUUUUUACUGGGAGGCUCCAUCUCGCAGGGAACACCCGGCACUUACUUGCCUUCUCCUAAUCAGGCCUCCUACGCCCCUGAGGCAACGAAGCCCUCGGCAGGCUCCAUCUCUCUGGGACUGCCGCGGCAGCAGGAGGCCGCCAAGCCAGCCACCGUGCCCUACAUCAAACAGGAGGAGUUCUCUCCCCGAAGCCAGAACUCACAGCCUGAGGGUUUACUGGUCAGAGCCCAGCACGAAGGGGUGGUCAGAGGUACCUCAGGAGCCAUUCAAGAAGGAAGCAUAACUCGGGGAACGCCCUCUAGCAAACUCUCUGUGGAGAGCAUCCCGUCCCUCCGAGGUUCCAUCACCCAGGGAACCCCAGCUCUGUCCCAGGCUGGCAUACCCACUGAGGCAUUGGUGAAGGGACCUGUUUCUAGACUGUCCAUUGAAGAGAGCAGUCCUGAGAAAGGCCGGGAGGAAGCCGCCUCCAAAGGCCAUGUUAUUUACGAAGGCAAAAGUGGACACAUCUUAUCCUAUGACAAUAUUAAGAAUGCCCGAGACGGGACGAGGAGUCCGAGAACAGCUCAUGAAAUCAGUCUCAAAAGAAGCUAUGAAUCAGUGGAAGGAACAAUAAAACAAGGGUUGUCUAUGAGGGAAUCUCCCGUAUCAGCACCGCUGGAGGGGCUCAUCUGCCGUGCGCUGCCCAGAGGGAGCCCUCACUCUGACCUCAAGGACAGGACCGUGCUGUCUGGGUCCAUCAUGCACGGCACACCAAGAGCGACAACUGAAAGUUUCGAGGAUGGCCUUAAGUACCCCAAACAGAUUAAAAGGGAGAGUCCACCCAUCCGAGCGUUUGAAGGUGCCAUCACCAAAGGAAAGCCCUAUGAUGGCAUCACCACCAUCAAAGAGAUGGGGCGCUCCGUUCACGAGAUCCCCCGGCAGGACAUGUUGGCUCAGGAGAGUCGGAAAACCCCUGAGGUGGUGCCGAGUGCUCGGCCCGUCAUUGAGGGCUCCAUCUCCCAGGGCACACCCAUCAAGUUCGACAGCAGCUCGGGUCAAUCUGCCAUCAAACACAAUGUCAAGUCCCUGAUCACGGGGCCUAGCAAAUUGCCCCGUGGGAUGCCUCCAUUGGAAAUUGUGCCCGAGAAUGUUAAAGUGGUAGAAAGGGGCAAGUAUGAGGAUGUGAAGGCAGGAGAGCCCGUGCGGUCCCGGCACACGUCGGUGGUGAGCUCCGGCCCCUCAGUCCUCAGGUCCACUCUCCACGAAGCUCCCAAAGCACAGCUGAGCCCGGGAAUUUAUGAGGACGCCAGCGCACGGCGCACACCGGGGAGCUACACCAGCACUGUGUCCCGGGGCUCGCCCAUGCUGAGCAGACCUUCUGAAGUUACAAUUUCUUCUGGCAAGUCUGCUAAUCAUGAGAGGAAGUCAACCCUGACCCCUACCCAGAGGGAGAGCAUCGCAGCCAAGUCUCCGGUGCCUGGCGUGGACCCUGCAGUGAGCCACAGCCCCUUUGAGCCGCACCACAGGGGCGGCACCCCCGGGGAGGUGUACCGGAGCCACCUGCCGGCACACUUGGACCCAGCCAUGCCCUUUCACCGGGCUCUGGAUCCUGCAGCCGCUGCUUACCUGUUCCAGAGGCAGCUGUCACCGACCCCUGGCUACCCCAGUCAGUACCAGCUCUACGCGAUGGAGAACACGCGCCAGACCAUUCUCAACGAUUACAUCACCUCCCAGCAGAUGCAAGUUGGCCUUCGGCCUGACGUGGCCAGGGGGCUGUCCCCCCGGGAACAGCAGCUGGGGCUCCCGUACCCGGCGACCAGGGGAAUUAUUGACCUGACCAACAUGCCUCCAGCAAUUUUAGUGCCUCACCCUGGGGGAACGAGCACCCCUCCCAUGGACAGAAUCACAUAUAUUCCCGGUACACAGAUCACCUUCCCACCCAGACCUUACAGCUCCGCGUCCGUAAGUCCAGGACACUCAACACACCUUGCUGCCGCAGCCAGUGCUGAGAGAGAGCGGGAGCGGGAGAAGGAGCGGGAGCGCCUUGCCGCAGCCUCCUCGGACCUCUACCUGCGGCCGGGCUCAGAGCAGCCUGGCCGGCCCAGCAGCCACGGCUACGUGCGCUCCCCAUCCCCAUCGGUCAGAACUCAGGAGGCCCUACUGCAGCAGAGACCCAGCGUCUUCCAGGGAACCAACGGGACCAGCGUGAUCACCCCACUGGACCCUAGUGCACAGCUGCGGAUCAUGCCACUGCCUGCCGGGGGCCCUUCCAUCAGCCAGGGCCUGCCGGCCUCCCGUUACAACACCGCUGCGGAUGCCCUGGCUGCUCUUGUGGAUGCUGCUGCAUCUGCUCCCCAGAUGGAUGUGUCCAAAACGAAAGAGAGUAAGCACGACGCCACCAGGUUAGAAGAGAAUGUGAGGAGCAGGGCAGCAGUCAGUGAGCAGCAGCUAGAGCAGAAAAGCCUGGAGGCGGAGAAGAGAGCCGGUCAGUGUCUGUACACCUCUUCAGCCCUGCCGAGUGGCAAGCCCCAGCCUCACUCUGCAGUAAUUUACUCUGAGGCUGGGAAAGAGAAAGGGCCUCCUCCCAAGUCCAGAUAUGAGGAAGAGCUAAGGACUCGAGGAAAGACCACCAUUACCGCAGCUAACUUCAUAGACGUGAUCAUCACCCGGCAGAUUGCCUCGGACAAGGACAGCAGGGACCGUGGCUCCCAGAGCUCAGACUCUUCCAGUAGCUUAUCUUCUCACCGGUAUGAAACACCUGGCGAUGCUAUUGAGGUGAUAAGCCCUGCCAGCUCUCCCGCACCACCCCAGGAGAGGCUGCCGGCCUACCAGCCGGAGGUCGUGAAGGCGAGCCAGGCAGAAAACGAAGCCCCCAGACAGUACGAAGGACCACUGCAUCACUACCGGCCGCAGCAGGAGUCCCCGUCCCCGCAGCAGCCACCGCCCCCACCCUCACAAGCCGAGGGGGCGGGGCAAGUACCCCGGACACACCGGCUCAUCACACUUGCUGACCACAUCUGCCAAAUUAUCACACAAGAUUUUGCUAGAAAUCAAGUUUCCUCGCAGCCCCCCCAGCAGCCUUCCACUUCUACAUUCCAGAGUUCACCAUCUGCCUUGGUGUCUACACCUGUGAGGACGAAAACAUCAAACCGCUACAGCCCAGAAUCCCAGUCUCAAUCUGCUCACCAUCAGAGACCAGGCUCGAGGGUCUCUCCAGAAACUCUAGUGGACAAAUCCAGGGCCAGCAUCAGGCCCGGAAAGUCCCCAGAGAGGAGUCACAUCUCUUCGGAGCCAUAUGAGCCCAUCUCCCCGCCUCAGGUUCCUGUUGUGCAUGAGAAGCAGGACAGUGUGCUGCUGCUGGCCCAGCGUGGAGCCGAGCCCGCGGAGCAGAGGAAUGACUCCCGCUCACCAGGCAGCAUAAGCUACCUGCCUUCAUUCUUCACCAAGCUCGAGAGCACAUCCCCCAUGGUGAAGUCAAAGAAGCAAGAGAUUUUUCGUAAGUUGAACUCCUCUGGUGGAGGUGACUCUGAUAUGGCAGCUGCUCAGCCAGGAACUGAGAUCUUUAAUCUGCCAGCAGUCACCACCUCAGGCUCCGUGAGCUCCAGAGGCCACUCCUUUGCUGACCCUGCCAGUAACCUCGGGCUGGAGGACAUCAUCCGGAAGGCGCUCAUGGGGAGCUUUGACGACAAAGUGGAGGAUCACGGGGUGGUCAUGCCCCAGCCAGUGGCAGUGGGGCCUGGGGGCGCCAGCACCUCGGUGGUGACCAGCGGCGAGAUCCGGAGGGAGGAAGGGGACCCAUCGCCUCACUCAGGAGGAGUUUGCAAACCAAAGCUGCUCAGCAAGGCUAACAGCAGGAAAUCGAAAUCGCCUGUCCCGGGGCAGGGCUACCUGGGAGCGGAGCGGCCCUCAUCGGUCUCCUCUGUGCACUCAGAAGGGGACUACCACAGGCAGACGCCGGGCUGGGCCUGGGAGGACAGACCCUCUUCGACAGGCUCGACACAGUUCCCCUACAACCCCCUGACCAUGCGGAUGCUCAGCAGCACGCCCCCUGCGCCCGUCGCCUGCACUCCCACCUCGGCCAACCCGGCUGCCCCGCACCAGCCGAGUAGGAUCUGGGAGCGGGAGCCGGCCCCGCUGCUAUCCGCGCAGUACGAGACGCUGUCUGACAGCGACGACUGACCUGUGGGCAGGGGUCCCAGGGUGCGCGGGGCUCCAAUUUCUGGUAGCUUCCUCUCUAACUGCAGGCCCGAAGCCUGCCCGCCUAGGAUUUGUGCCCAGAGACUUUUCUGGAGAGCCUGGACCAUGGACAGUGAAGAGACAAUGGAAAUUCAUUUUGGGGUCAAAUGAGGGGAAAAGGCUGUCUUGAUACAAGCAGUUCUGUGGAUGAUAGUAAUAGUGGAGGGUCGACAUGUAGAGUUUUUAAAAAAGUGGAUAAUUCCUGUUUUACAUCUGUUUGUAAAGAAACCAUGAUGUCUCUAAUCACUCUGUAAAUAGAGGACCUUUUUGCAGUGUUCCCUUCGCUGUAGUAUAUCUGGUGUACUUAUGUUCAAUCAGCACAUCAACUUGGGGGUGAUUUUUUAAAAAUCUCUCGUCUACCUUUUUAACCCUUGCCUUCCAAACAACGUCAUACAGCCCAGUUCCAUGGUGUUGGCUGUCACGGGCAUUGUACUUUUAUCCAAUUUUGUCUCCUCUAAGCUCAGAUUCCCAGUGAUGUUUAAAAUCUUGUGGAGAUGUUUAGGUUUUUAACACAUGCUGCCAUAAAAUCUGUACAUUAACGUAUUAGGGUCUAAAGGAGAAACAAAAUUCUGCCAUAUUGUAAAUUUCCAGGGCAGUCUUUUUUUAAAUUAGAAGCACUGAAAACAUAGUACUGCAUGGGUAUUGUUCUAGUUCAGUUUCUAACAUUUUAAAGGCUUAUUUGAGGUGUACGUACCUCGCUGUUACGCACACUAGUAAUUAACCCCACCCUGGGUAUUUGCCUGCAUUUGAUGCAGCAAAGCUUUUGGUUUGGAAAUAAAUCUGACUGCCCUGUCCACAGCUACAGUAGAUGAUUGUGACUGAAGGCUUUGGUGUCUCAAGUUAGCUGACGUGUCACUGGCUGAGUGGAAGGUGACACCUGGUACAGAGCCUCUCGGCCGUGCGUCCUCCUGGGCUCAGGAGGAGCAGACGGCCCUUCCACUGCAUGCCACCCUGUGCUUACACUUUCACUUUGAUUCCUUGUGGGCAAGUGUUUGUCAUCAAAUGUUUUCAUUUCACCAAAUCUCAAGGAGCAAAUAUUUAAAAGACUGAUACUGGAGGACCAGUCUUAAUCUUCAUUAGUAACUGCUUGUUGAAUUAAAUUUUUUUCAUACACUCAA